CGAGAAAAUGCAGUGCUUCAUGAAAAUUCCAUCUACUUGAGUUAUAUAUUUCCAUUAAAAUUAAAUGUUGAUGUGUAUCGGUAACUGGUACAAAUGAUGAUGAUUAAAUAUGCAUUUAAAGAAUUGGUGCCGAUGGCAAGAUAUUUAUAUUGGGCAAAGUAUGCAGUGUGUAUAAGCAGACCGUUGAGUUCUUUCUUUAAUGAAACCAUUCUCUGAUUGGAUGCACAAUAAAAAAAAUACUUUUUUUGGCAGUAAACCGUUUCUCCCCAUGAUAAAUUUGAGUAUGUGCCUUAGCUAUGUAGCAAAAUAGUGCUAAAGCUAAGUAAAUGCUUGCUACGAAUGUCCACCAAGAAACAAAACCAUUCUUUAUUAUGAAGAGCAUACUUUGAAAGAAACUGGUUUUAUAUGGCCCUACUUUUUACUUGCAUAACCAAAAAGUGGCGAGGAUUUGCUUGAAUUCUUUUACAGGGAGGAUAAUAAUAUAGAAAUUAAGCCAAGGCAGGCUUCUUUUGCUCAUAACAAUAUUAUUCUUCCUGCAGAAACUGCUGAUUCCUCAAUUGGUUUCAUACUUUUAAAAUAUUCGCACAAAAACUGCGUAUUCUGCGUACUAAAAUAAUUUUACUCUAAUUUGGAUCCACGCGACGCCAAUAUCGGAUUUUUUUCCACUUUGAGAAAUAAUUCAAUCCGAAAAUUCAAUUAUGUUAUUCUACUUUUGGUGCUUUGUAACUGCUGUUGGGUUCUACUUUUUCUUCAGCAUACUUUGGCGAAUUACGAGGGACUCCUUAGUUCGACCUGCCUAACACCACUAAUAAUUUAGGAGUAUGGAAAAUCAUUGUAAACUUAAGUAGAUAUUUAUCAUCGCAAAAAUAAACAAAAAUUUCAAGCAACACUGACAAGUCCAGUAAUGUUUUGAGACAGUUUUACCAUGUAUUUUCGUCAUACUCUAAUAUUGCCAUGAAUGAAUGAUGCAUGUUUCACGUUUCAUUAUGAGAAUGACGACAUUUCCGACUAGUAAAUUAUUGUGAUUCGCCAAACAUAACAAUCCAUGUGUGAUUCAUUAUGAGUUGUCACUUGUCGAAAAUCAGCAUUACAGCUCUCGAGCAAAUCUACUUUGCCAGACGAACUUUGCCAAACGCCCACUCGAUUUAAUAAACUGUGCCAUGAUUGCAAUCUGCCUAUUAUCAAGCCGUCGUUCGAUUACAAAUAUAUUACUACCACCCCAUAUAAAAAACGAUGUUGCCAUCCAAGACCAAUUUAAUAUUGAUAACGUAUACCAAAUCUCGUUAUCACAUUUAUCACACAGAACGCUUAUCAUUUUAUUUAGUACGAACAAGAAUCCAGAAAAAAUGACGCCAUGCAAAAUAUUUGAUUACUCACUUACCAAUAAUAGCAGCGUCAUGUCAUUUUGUGCAAACAUUAUACCAUUCACCUUGCACCUUAAAUUGUGUGUGUGUGUACACAAUACCUAUUAAUAUUGGUCUGGUCUGGUGCCUUAUGAAUGUGUGCAUGAUAAGGGAAACGAGGGUGAGAGGAUAAUGGAACAGAAAAGUAGUAGUAUAUGUGAAGUUGUACAUAGUACUGAUAACCACCUUGGGUUAAAAGUCUCGUCUUUAUUGUUAGUUAGUUUAACCAGCACCAGCACCACCACCAAUUUGUUUGAGAUAGACGGGUUGUCACAAGACCUCAUUUAUUUUAGCAAACAGUUUGUAGUUUCUUUUUAAAAAAUUGUGCAUUACACUUAAACUGUACACCUUAAAAAGGAGAAAUAUUGGAUUUUGCCGACACGACAGGACACGCAGCAUGCAAUUACGUAACAAAUGGCAGUGCUAUUUUUAGGUGACAUAACUCAAAGGUGCCAUUUCCACUAUAGAGAAGGGUUAAAAGUAGAAUCAUUUCACUUUUCCUGAGUGACAAUUAAGAAAAAAAGAGCUGAGUUGUUAAACCGUUUUGUUUACACUCAAUAAAUAAAUCUCAGCACAUGUCGAAUUUUAGCAUCGUCACUAUCUUCCCUAAUUGACUUUGCACUUGUUGUAUGUAACCACACCUGCGUUCUCCUCAGGUUUACCUUUUUGUCACUCGAAGAGAAUAAUGUAUAGCAAAAUCCUCAUGGGCAAUUGUCAAGUGUGAUCAUGAGACGAGACGAACAAAUAUUUAGGACCCCCCAUUACUUUUUUUAGCAAAGUUGAGACGACUCAUUAAUUGAAAGAAGGUUGUUUAUUUUUGUCUUCAAAAGUCAUGUCAUUCCUUAUCUCUGACACAAUUUAAAUAAGAGAUAGCGACCUGUAAGGAAAGACAACACAAUUAAGAACACUCCUUAGUCAGGCAUUCUUUAAUUGUUCUGUAUUGAUUGUCCCUCACUAUAUACAUACACGUGAAGUUUUUUGUACACCAUGUGCAUUUUCGUCGUCUGGUUCUAAAUAGCAAAGAAAGUUACGAAAUGAAAGAUUGCCUGUAGAUUGCAUGAGUUGAUUUUUUACAAUUAUAUUGUCCUUGCUGGAGUCUUAUUGCUGGCUAGUCUGCUGUACAUACAUCGUUUUACCAUCUUAUUUAUAAGUCUGCAACAACAUGCCAGCAUAUUCUGGACAUGACCGAGUUCCAUUGCUUGACCAGAAUCCAGACGAAAUAGAGAAGGGGAAAUUUUGGCAAGAAAUUGAUGGUGACAUGGACGGAAAUGCGAAUCGGGUUUAUGACGGGGAUAUGAAGAAAGUUUACAAUGGACACCUUCCAGAGACGCGAGUUCAGCUUUUUCCAGAACCACUUUCACAACACCCGUCAACCUCCUCUGGCUCCUCGUCACUUACGACAAGUAAAGCUAAACAAUUUCCGAAAGAGAGGAGAAAAGCAGUGAUAGCAUUUUUCCUCAUGGCUUUUGGUUUCAUAUGCAACUCCAUCUCAAUCGUAUUGACCCAUCAGAAAGUUCCUGAUAGAAAUUUACAUCCUCCACUGCCUGACAUAAGUUUGGACAAUAUUACGAAACAUCGGUGGCUAAAUGAUGUUGCAGACAUUCUCGUCAUUCUUUUGUUGUUAUCUUCAAUAUGUUUGAUAGUGUUGCAUCGUCACAGAUGGAUCCUUGGUAGGAGAGUUUUUAUAAUUUUGAGCAUUCUCUACGGAAUGAGAUCCGUCACUAUGUACGCCACUGUGCUACCUCUUGCAAAUGACCAUGUCUAUUGCUCUCCGAAGAUUAAUACGACGUCAACGUUUGGUCAAACUGUGUUAAUUAUAACUCAAGAAGUCCUUAAGCUUAUUGCCGCUGGUGGUUUACCCAUUACUGGAAAGAAGACACUUUGCGGUGACUAUAUUUUUUCCGGUCACACGAUUAUUCUUAUGAUGGGAUAUCUUCUCGUCAACGAAUACAUGCCAAAAACGAAAAGACUAACGCCUCUCCAUUGGAUUUCAUGGGUUACUGCGUGGGUGGGGAUGAUUUGCUUAUUGGUGUCUCAUGGACAUUACACGGUGGACGUGUUGAUUGCCUAUUUUGCAACGACACGCCUGUUUUGGAUGUAUCACACAUUCUCAAAUAAUGCCGAGUUACAGAGGAGAUCGAGUUCUAAUUCACUAUCUGAGGUUUGGUGGUUUCCACUAUUUAAGUAUUUCGAAGGAAGUGUUAAAGGCCAAGUUCCUAAGGAAUAUGCAAUUCCAAGAAUCAAAGGAAGACGAAGAACUGCGUGUAACAAUCGAAAAGCAUUUCUCGAAUAGUCUAGCUUAUGUACAUUUACGAUAUUUUCGUAUUAUUCUAUGUGAUAUUAUUUAAAUCAAUUACUGACAUUAAAAUUAUAUUUGUUUUUAUGUACA